AUACGUGCUGUAUUAAACUGUAAAAUGCUGUAACUAUUCAAAAUAAUAGGAAAACCCCGAGAAAACUCUAUUUCCCAUGAUGCCGUCUAAACAGGACAAACAUAACAGUCCUCGCGCUGCAGUGUGACUGAUAUUUCACACACAGAGGAGAGCUUUACUUGUGUUUGAUCCUGCAGGUCUCGACAGACUCAAGGAGAUGAAGCGUGUGAAGGUGGUGGUGGUCGGGGCCGGUGUGGUGGGUUUAUCCACAGCCGUGUGCAUCGCUGAGACUCUUCCGUACUGUUCAGUGACACUCAUUUCUGAGAAGUUUUCUCCUCACACCACCAGUGAUGGCGCUGCUGGAAUCCUCCUUCCCAAAGAGUUUCCUGGCAUUCCUCUUGAACGGCAGCAGCAAUGGUUCAAGAAGUCUUUCGAUCAUCUUCUGGCCAUCGCAGAUUCUCCACAAGCUUCAGAUGCUGGCGUCUACUUGAGCUCUGGGUAUCAGGUUUUCAAGGACGUUCCCAGGGAUAAAAAGCCCUUCUGGGCAGAUUUGGUGUUUGGAUUUCGUUACAUGACGGAUCAUGAAUUGAAGCGUUUUCCUGACCACAAGUUUGGUCAAGCGUUUACCACAUUAAAGUGUGAAUGUCUGAGCUACCUGCCAUGGCUUGAACAAAGGUUUAUAGCAGUCGGAGGUCAGAUCAUUCACGAGAAGGUGACGGAUCUUCAUAAACUGGCCCUGAAUUAUGACGCCAUCAUAAACUGCUCAGGCCUGGGUUCUCGCUUUCUGCUGAAGGAUGAAGAGGUUUAUCCAGUGCGAGGACAGAUCCUGAAACUGCACGCUCCCUGGUUGAAGAACUUCAUUCGGGAUGGAGAUGGAAACACCUACAUCUACCCGGGUAUCAGAUUCGUGUCUGUGGGCGGGACGCGGCAGGCGGAUGACUGGCGGAUGGAGCUGGAUGAGCGGGACCGCGAGGGCAUCCUGGAACGCAGCGUUCGCCUGGAGCCGUCCCUGAGAGCCGCUGCCAUCCUGGGUGAGUGGGUGGGACUGCGUCCAGCUAGAGAGAACCUGCGUCUGGAGAGGGAAUAUGUGAAUGUUGGAGGUCGAGCGGUUCCUUUGGUCCACAACUAUGGUCACGGCAGCUGCGGUGUGACUUUGAGCUGGGGAACAGCGCUGGACGCUCUCCAUCUGCUGAGGAAAAGUCUGUUGGAAAAACCUCCUCAAGCCAGACUCUGAAGAUUUAUACUGACUGAUAUUACAGCAUUUAGACAAGCAUUAUGAUGACGAAUGACACUUUAAUCUCACAGGGAUCAUAGUUCACCCACAAAUGAUCAUUCCGUUAUCAUUUACUCACCAUCCACUGACUUUCUUUCCACUGAGUUUCUUUCAACUGAGUUUCUUCUGUUGGAUACGAAAGAAGAUAUUUUGAAGAAUGUUGGAAACAAAUUAAUUAGUAAUUGUUACUACAUAUUAUAAUAUUUUUUCUCUAUUUUUUUAGGAGAAAGUCUCAUUUUGUUUUAUUUUGGCUAGAAUAAAAUCUUU